UCAACUAAUCUUUCAGAAAGUGGGAGCGAUGUAAAUUUCUGGUCGCUGUCGCUGUCGAUUUCCAUUUACUCAAAAGAAAAAACUUUAAAAAAACAAUUUCCUCUAAGAAAUGUAUCUCUCUGCAGAUUACUAACAGAAAAGAAAAUCGACGAACACACAACUAAAGUCCCACUUGCAUCACACAAAUGUCCACUCUGUGAGACGGGCCCAACCAACAAACAACUAAAAAAUGAUUUCCUCACCUGCUGAUCCCACCGCCGUUGCUGGUCCAAUGGGCAUCGCCGCUGAGAAGAACAAGCAAUGGCAGCGCGAGCUGCUGAUGGAGAAAAUCCGAUCGCACUCGUCCCAGCACAAAACUUUCCAGGAGCUCUCCAAGUCCAUGAGACUGUCGAUGUUGGAAAAGCGAUACGCACUCGACGCUGUCGAGAAGUCCAAUCUGCAGAAAUGCCUCGACAGUAUGCAGCACUGCAUAAAAGUCACUUCUCGCCAGGGACUGGUCGAACGCCUGGAGUCGCUCUCCCGCCAGCUGGGUCUCAAAUUCAUGGAAGACAAGUCGGGCUUGUUUAUUUCCACAGACAUGUUCUACCUGGAGAUAAUUCUCGAUGCCAAUGGUAGCCUCACGGACGUGAAAGUCCAUCACGAAUGCAAAAUAGAGCAACAGUCGUGCAGCGAACUCGUCAACUGUCUGAAUCGCGGUGACUUCGCUGACUUCACCGUCCAGUUAGAUGGGUUAACGUCCAUCUAUCAGCUCAAUGCAGAGCCCAAGGUCAAGACAAAAGCGUUUGUCGCGCUGCAAGCAAUGGAAACGGAUCUGUACAGCCUCUACCAGGCCCACAACUUCUCUAACGACGCCAAGGAGAUUCUGGCCGAGUCGUCGGUGGGCAUCGCCUUGAAGAGACGUGGCGGCCACCCAAUGCGCUUGACCUACUUUGUCUCCCCCUAUGACUUAAUCAACCUCGAGAUGAAAUCCAUUGUCCCCCUCACAGUCGACCUUGUAACGAGUAAAAACUUGGGUAUGAGUGUGACUGUGAAUCUGGAGGCGUCGUCGGCCAACAAACUGCAAAUUUUGCCAACGGUUUCAUUUACAAAGGAAGGAAUGGAAGAUGUGCCUGUCUAUUCGCCUCUGACUCCCCAGAAUUCCACACUUCUGCCUGCGACUUUUGUCUUGCGCUUAAACACACCACUGCCCGUGUGUCAGACCCUUCUGCGCACCAUCAUGCCCGCUCAGACCACUGAACCUGGUGUGGCUGCUGUUCCCGGAGAAGGAGGUACUAAGCCUCUGGUGGCAUCAUCGAUCAUGAAGCUCGUCAUACAAACUGCCUCCGAAAACCAAAUCCAGAAUUCUUCGAGAGGUUUGUUUGUCUGUCUACCCGAUCAGACACAUUGCUAUUUCUUUACAGAAAAUAAACUAAUGAAGGCAUCUAUUGUUUCCAGUGUGCCAUUUACAGAACCCUCUCAAGUGCCCAAGAUCCUAGCCGUUCUCAAGAAACAUGCGCUCUUCUAUACUCUGCUGUCGAGCUGUGUCCGGCCUCAGACUAAGUUGGGAGACAUCGAAUCGACAACUAUUCUCGAGGUUAAUGCGAUUUCAUUUAAUCAAAUUUCCGUGGCCCUCGAGCAUCCGUAUGAGGAGUCCAUGGCCACAGUCGAAUUUAAUUUAAACGACUCUGGCUUGGUAACAUGUGAGAUCUAUUCGCUGUCCAACAACUAUGAAUCCUUAGCUGCGAACUUAACCCUAAUCGUUCAGCAGAGUCUGUCGAUACCCAUAACUAUAAGAAGCCUACUUAAGUAUUGGAAUCAGGAGCGUAUGAAGUGUUUUCAGCGCGGUAACGGCGGAGACUAUGGAAAUUUUAGCCUACCUCAGGGUCCAAUCGACCCCGGAGGUAGAGGAGGUGACUUUCGUGAUAUAAAAGGUCCCAAACCUGGAGUCACUGACCGUGGGGGAUCGAAUUUCGGUGGAGGAAACAAUCGACCGUUCUUUCAUACCACCGGACUAACAGCUACCGGAGCUGAGGGGUUUCCUGAACUGAGUUCAUCGGUCGGCCCUGUGGCUGGGGGAGCGAACAACCUGAUGAAAUCACAAUUCAAUUCCGAAGUAAAGCAAGAGGAUUUUUGUAAAAGCCCAAAGAGUAACCAUACAUUGCAGUCUGAUAUAAGCAGCAACGACUCCAGCUCUUUGGGCCAAUUGUCAGCAGGAGCACAAAAAAGUGGCGGCAACUCCCACGGGAUUGCGGCUAAAGUAGCUACCGCUGUUGCAUCCGGAGUCGCUGUAUCAACAUCAUCCACCAAUGCCACCGCAACAUCGACGGCGUCGGCGCUUUUAAAGAGCGAAGAGCGAAGCGCUGAUAUUGCUGGGAAGUACCAGAAAAUAUGGAAGGACAAAACCAACACCGUAAAGAAUACCGUCAGCAUAACACCCAUUUCGAGUUCCUUGGAGUCGGUAGUUCAUCCAUCACAAGGGAAUCUAGAGAAAAGGCCUGGAAUCGAGAUUAUCCCCCUCACAGCGCCACAAUCACAGAAUUCAAUGGCAUCUACGAUAACGAUUACUCCAAUCAAUUCCACAGCAUCUGCCUCAACCCCGACUAUUCCUACGGUUUCAGUAACGGGAGUGAAGGGCACCGAAAAGAAAAGUUCCAGUUCUGGGAAGCGUUCAGCAGAAGACAGAGACAGCAAGAGUGAAAAGAAGCGGAAGAAAAAGCGCGAAGAUUCCCCCAUGGGUCCACCAGAAAAGCUGUAUUCUCGUCAGAACUCGCCAGGAUCCGAUCCCAUAUCGAGAAAAUACUCCCCACAGACAACCGCUUCCAUGGCUCUGCCAGGCACGAAGCCUUCUCCAAAACACUCUCCAGUGUACACAAGUCCAAAACACGCAUCGUCCAGUCCCAAGAGUCCUUUUGGCACAUUGUCUCCCAAGCACGGGAGCUCGGGGAAACCCAGUAUGUCCACUCUGAAGAACGCCACAAGUCCUAAGAGUGAAAAAUCUACACUCGCACUGCCUACACGACCCCUGUCUUCGCCUGGGUUGUCGUCUUCAAAAAACCGCGAUAAGGACGGCAAGGAAAGACUGCUUAGUGUGCCCAACCAAAACUCGAAAACUCCAACAAGCCCGAAAGUGAAGUCGGCAACGAUAAAACUCAAACCCCUGGACGUUGGAAACCAUUUGGGAUUCUCAGGUUCGCCGGAUGAAACUGACAAAGGUCGUAAGAGCUCAUUGAAUGCAGUGAUAGAUAAGCUCAAAUCCUCCCAGAAUUCUUCCGACGGGAUCGAUAAGUUGAGUAACUCCGGAAUGUCAAGUGAUUUAACUCCGGUCACCCCAGGCACUCCCGGUUCGGAGUACAUGGUCAAGCCGGGCCAAGACGGCAUAAAGAUCACAAUCAAUAAGACAAAAUCGAAGGACAGUGGUGGUGGAGGCGCCACUUUCAAUCGUUCAAAGACAGUUAACAGCAAACCCGUGGAAACAGGGAAUAAUUCUCCCAAGAAGCACACCGGCCUGAAACCGGGAGUAAAUAGCGGACCAGCCUCCAAAAAGUCUUCCUCAACACUUCCAUUUCCUGCCGCCCCACCAUUGCCUUCGAACAAAUCGUCGUCCGGUAGCAGCAUGCAAAGCACAAAGCACAACUUUCAAAAGUCCAACUCAUCGGGGAACCUUUCCACGAAGCUCUCCACCGGUUCCACGGGUGGAAGUUCUCUGACCAAAUCACACAGUACAAACUCUUUUCAUUCGGAUUCCUUUCGCAAAUCAGCUUCUUCCUCGUCGUCUUCCUCCUCGAGCAACAACAAGUCGAGGUCAACUUCGAGUUUCAUUGAGAAGGUUACACCUCGACCAGAUCCCACGGACAUGAUGAAGAUUCUGCAAUUUGCGUCCCCCAACAUGGCUGCAAUGGAGGGAUUCAUGAAGACUUUCAACUCGAAGUUCCAAAUCCCGAAAUUGUCAGCUAGAAAUUCGAACUCACAAGCUCACGAUGGGGACAAGCCACGGCCUAUUUCAGCACCCACCACGCCUGCCACAUCCUUCACGCCAUCUCCAACGCCAAGCAGUUCCGAGAGCAGCGGCAACAGCAACGAUUCCAACAAGAACUUGACGAAAAUUUCCGGUCCCGCACAACCGAACAAAGGUCAGCAACAAGAUUUCUUUAAUCUCUCUUGUCAUACAGGUGUUUCCAACACCGCCGCACCUUUGUCGUCCUCGUCCUCCUCCAGCUCGUCCUUGUCCUCGUCAAUAACUCCAUCCUCUGUUCCACCCGCUCAUUUCAAUUCAUAUCGCGGUCCACUCAUAGAUACAAACAGUCAUGCGAGUGAUCUCACCAUGCGUCCGCCCCUAAAACCAACCAUGACGACGGAAGACUCGUCCUCGUCGACUUCGUCGUCGUCGUUGUCCACUCUGAAAAAUGAUAUCAAACUGAUGCCACCAGUGGCAGUGGUGCACGCCCAACCGCCACCAGUUCAAAUUUCCAACAAACUUCCCUUCCAUCAACAUCCAACCUCACCCUCAGUGUCGGUACACAUUCUAAAGUCUCCUGUCCCAUCGCCACUGGUGGUGAUGCCAUCGCCCCAUUCCAACUCCCCCUGCAUCACCGACGAGGAACUAAUGGACGAUACCCUGGUUGGUGUGGGAAGCAAAUGACAAACACUUUUCAUGGUAAGAAGUUAUUGUUCGGGUUCAGGUUCGAUAUGGGUUUGAGAUUUGGGAUUGAGAUUCGAUUUGGUUUGGGGUUUGGGGUUUUCAUCUUCCCAUCAUCAUCAUCUUGUCGUUGUUGUUGUUGUUUUCGUCCUCCUUUGUUUGUUAUAUUUGUUGAUUUUCUGCUCGAAACUCGACGACGCAUGAGAUUUUGCAAAAUUCUAGGAACUUACUAAUCUUCCAGCAAACACUGUCGGAGUCGGUGAAAAAUUCCCCAAAAGGCUGACACAGCAGCAAAAUGAUUUGGAACUGUUUCUCGUUGGGCGUUCAUGUUAAGCAGACUCUUUCCAGCCUGAGUUAACAUUGAUUGUGAGAUGUGCUGAAGUGCUGUGCUAUGCUGUGACUAUGCUAACCACUGAAAUGGGUGUUCACUGAGAAUCAGAAGGCGGAAAUCGUAUUUCCUUUAUUCAGCACAAACUAAACUUCAGAUGAUGAUAUCCAGUUUUCUAUUCCGAGUUCAUCCAAGUUGUUCAUUGCAGUGAACGCGCUUUGGAACCUUGGAUGAUCUUGCUAUAAAAAACUGGACCUAACAUAAAUUAUAUAAAAGAAAAAUGUCUUAAUUAAGUACAAACAAAUUAAAAAGAAAACAAACAAAUGUAGAAAGAUGAUGAGAAAGCUUAAUUUAAAUAAAAUUAAAUUUUUUGACAAAAUAAAUAGAAAUUAAGUUGGAUGAUUGAUGCCUUAAGAAAAAAGAUAUUUUUAUUUUUAACUUAUGUAAGUUUAUACGAUUAACUUCAAUAAUUAUUAUUCCUGUGUCGAAAAUUAUUGAUUCUUUUGUAGUUUAAGAGUUUUUCGGGAUUCGAAAUAUUUUGGUAAACGAAAAGUUUAGUUUUUGUAUUAAAAUAAAAUAUUUUAAGUUGUAUUUUUUUUAUUAUUAUGAUCAAUUUUAUAAAGAAACCCAAAUUAAUUUGCAUUCUUGACAUAACAUAAAUAUUUUAUAUAAAUGUAUUCUUUUUUGUUUAAAUAAUAAGUAAUGAGAAAAAGCAUAAAUAGCAUGAGAGACAGUUGGGGGCAAUAGUGUGAAAUAAUAAAGCAAAAGCAAAACAAUUUGUAAAUAUUUAUACAAAACAAAUAAAUAAAUAAAAUUAAAAAAAAGAAGAUAUUUCAUGUUUGGGAAAAUAAAAAUAUUUAAAUAAAAAAUUAUUUAUUAUGUAAAAUUUGAAAAUAA